AUGUGUGCAAUUGAUUGUGUGGUAAAACCGCCACAACCUGGUGAACCUUCAUAUGAACAAUGGUUAAAGGAGAAGACAGCAGUGCUGAAUUCAUUGAAGGAUCGUGCAAAAGCAGUUUAUGAAGCUUAUAAUUCCAUUGAUGGUAUCAAAUGUAAUCCGGUGCAAGGAGCAAUGUAUGCAUUUCCACGUAUCGAAAUGCCUCAAAAAGCAAUUGAUAAAGCUAAGUCAUUCAAUCUGGAAGCUGAUUUCUUUUAUGCAAUGCAGCUACUUGAAAAUAGCGGCAUUUGUGUAGUACCGGGAAGUGGUUUUGGGCAAAAACCUGGAACAUAUCAUUUCCGGACAACAAUACUGCCACAAGGAAAUAUAUUACGUGAUAUGCUGGAGCGAUUCAAUAAGUUUCAUAAUAAAUUUAUGAAAGAAUAUUCUUGA